GGAGGAGUCCGUACGUCGCUGGGCCGCGGAGAGAACUGACGCUCAGCCGCCAGGCGUGGGACUGCCUCCGCUGGCGAGCUGGACGGAGAGAACGGCGAACCCACGGUCGGCGCAGGUGCCAGGCCUCCGGCAUCCGGGCGGGGAGGCGGAGCGGGAAGCGCCGCCACUGCGGUCCCGCGGGGUGCACUAACAGCCCCAUCUUCCAUCCCGGUAGCCUUCGCGACCGCCCCAGACCUGGACCACAGCCUCCGCCUGACCCGAGGUGGCCCCGCCCUAGGUCUAGUGGCCCCCGGGGCGCACCUGGCCCCGCCCCGGCCGCUGGCUCCGCCCAGGAGACCCGAACUAGUCCCGCUGGGCGCGGGCGCCACGCAGGGUGGAGCUGAGCCGAGCAGUGCCCCGCGCGCUCCGUGCCGCGCUCCCGGCCCCGCCAUGGGCAACAGUGCGGGCCGCAGCGACUUCGAGUGGGUCUACACUGACCAGCCGCACACGCAGCGGCGCAAGGAGAUGCUCGCCAAGUACCCUGCACUCAAGGCCCUGAUGCGGCCAGACCCGCGUCUCAAGUGGACAGUGCUGGGGAUGGUGCUGGCGCAGCUGCUGGCCUGCUGGCUGGUGCGGGGGCUGGCCUGGCGCUGGCUGCUCUUCUGGGCCUACGCCUUCGGUGGCUGCGUGAACCACUCGCUCACGCUCGCCAUCCACGACAUCUCGCACAACACCGCCUUCGGCACGGGCUGCGCCUCCCGCAACCGCUGGUUUGCCGUCUUCGCCAACCUGCCCAUCGGCCUGCCCUACGCCGCCUCCUUCAAGAAGUACCACGUGGACCACCACCGCUACCUGGGCGGCGACGGGCUGGACGUGGACGUGCCCACGCACCUGGAGGGCUGGUUCUUCUGCACACCGGCCCGCAAGCUGCUCUGGCUGGUGCUGCAGCCCUUCUUCUACUCGCUGCGGCCGCUCUGUGUGCACCCCAAGGCCGUGACCCGCAUGGAGAUGCUCAACGCCCUGGUGCAGCUGGCCGCCGACGCCGCCAUCUUCGCCCUCUGGGGGCUCAAACCUGUGGCCUACCUGCUGGCCAGCUCCCUCCUGGGCCUGGGCCUGCACCCCAUCUCGGGCCACUUCGUGGCGGAGCACUACAUGUUCCUCAAGGGCCAUGAGACCUACUCCUACUACGGGCCCCUCAACUGGAUCACCUUCAACGUGGGCUACCACGUGGAGCACCACGACUUCCCCAGCAUCCCAGGCUGCUACCUGCCCCUGGUGCGGAGGAUCGCCCCCGAGUACUACGACCACCUGCCGCAGCACCACUCGUGGGUGAAGGUGCUCUGGGACUUCGUGUUCGAGGACUCCAUGGGGCCCUACGCCAGGGUGAAGCGGGUGUAUAAGCUGGCCGAGGACCCCCUGUGAGCGCCCGGCUUGCUGCCCCGGCUGCGGCCCCGCAGCAGG